AUCUCUUUGAGAGAGAACAUGUAUCUGAAGUCUGGAAGCUUUUAAAGUAGGAAAGAUACUCAAGAAGAAACGUUAUUUCAGCUGCAACUACUGAUUGAAAAAUAUGUCGGCCGCUUCAGAUUAUCCGGAGAUCGUGCCAAAGAGUGCACCUGAGGCUAGAGGAAUAGACUUUUGUGGUACUAAAAAAAGCUUCUAUAUCAUCCGUUCUGAUGUGGGUGUCUACAUGAGUUGCGAAGAUAUUCACACUGGAAAACGUAUCAAGAUUCAUCGUUUAAGUGAGGCCUGUAGAUGGGGUGAUCACUACUUGGCCACUGACUCUUAUUUCUACAUCAUUAAAGGAGAUGAGUAUCGCAGAGUGACCGAGCUGAGUAAAGACGAGGACGCUGUGGUUUACUCUCUUCAUUGCAACUGUCGCGGAGGAAGCAGCUACUACUCUGCCUUUGGUAAUUGGUACAUCGUGUUUGCCAAGAGAGGCACCUACAGACGAGUGAGAAAUAUGAACAAAGAUGAAGACGCCGUUGAAUAUAAAAUCCACCAAGCGUUCCAAGAUGGCAUCUAUUACUGGGGUACCAAGAAUUAUGUCUACUGUCUGAAGCAGGCUGGAAAAUGGGGUGUCACCUAUCACAGAAGCACCAACAUGAACUUGAACAAGGAUGCUGACAACGUCACCGUUCACGAGUCAGUACUCAAGUUUCUCCCCGGUGGUAUGGCGCACAUCCAUGGAAAAGCGUUCGGGAAUUGGAAAGAAGUAAAAUGUAUUGAAAACGACACCAACAUUGCCAGUGAAUGGGAAAAAAAAAUCAAGAAAACUGUUGGAUUUGACAGGAGCAAAAUGUCCUCCAUAGAGUUGGAAUGGUCCAUCGAGAUGGGAGUAAGCGAAGAAGUUGGAAUCAAAGUCCAAGCUUCAGAAUUGAUUAAAGGUCUCUGUAAAGUUCAAUAUAGCCUCGACGGGAAGUUUGGCGGAAAGAUGGUCGACACAGAGCAGCUCAAGUGGAGUGUAACCACUGAAGAAGAAGAAACCCUGAAGCUGAAAAUCCCACCGAAUUCCAAGCUGUACGUUUGGCAGUUUCAAAUGGGCUUUGGAGAGAAUAUAAACUUCUUCAGUCGUAAGACUGCGAUCACAUACAGCCAAACGCCACCUAAGGAACCAUCAGACUACUUCAAGCAUUAGCCGUCAUCCUGAGUCGGGCUAAAUCGGCGCCUGUUUAAGAGUGUGUAAAAGUGUGACACAAACUAAUCUUAGUAAGAACUGUGAGUGCUAAAGUUUUUACUCUGAGUGGAAAUAAGUGUGUUUUGAAAUUUCUUAUCUUUUUCAUUACUCGUUGAGCAGUAUACACUACGCUUUUUGAGGAGUAAUUAAGUUUUUCCCGUUAACUAGAAAGUCGAUCAAUUUUUUGAGUAGACAUGAAUGCAAUGUUUUUGUUUCGGAGUCUGUCAUUUACACUUUAAUCAUUAUAUGCUGUGCUAGUUUGAGAAGCAACAAACCCUGUUUCAAGUAUAUAUACCGCGCUUGCAUGUUCAAAAGGUUACCAGUACUGCUGUUAAGCGUAAGACAAGUGAACUUUAGAACAUAAGUGCAUGUAUUUUUUAAUUUCGUGGCUAUCCCAGUUAUUUGUUCACUAGAAUAUACUACAUAUGUUUAAAAAGAUAUUAAAGGGCAGUUAAGUGUGAGACAUGCUAUUGCACCAAGGUCAGAAUUGUUAUUAAUCGAGUUUAGUUUGAGUGAAUAUGAAAGUUUUUUGAGUGGCACUAUGAUACUUUUAGGGAAAGAUUGUUGAACUGGCAAUGUAAACAUGCCUUAAAUGGGCAACAAAUCAAGCGGAUGAAUGUUUUCAUAAAACUAACUGAUUGUUAAAC